AUGAGAUCCCCCACCUCCGUAAAAGAAGUACAAAAGCUCACGGGGUGUAUAGCUGCACUAGGAAGAUUCCUUUCAAAGUCAGCGGACAAAUGCUUGCCUUUCUUCAAAACGAUAAAGCAACAGAAAUUCGAAUGGACCGCGGAAGCAGAAGAGUCUUUCCGCCAGCUUAAGGAGCACCUAUCGGCCUUGCCAAAACUAGUUUCGCCUAUCAACGGGGAAAAGCUAGUCUUAUAUGUCUCUGUCUCCGAAUACUCGUUAUCCGGAGUGCUUGUGGCGGAAAGGGAAAAGAAGCAGCUCCCAAUAUACUAUGUGAGUCAUGCAUUCCGCGGCUCAGAAGGGAAUUACUGCGAAGUGGAAAAGGUCAUAUUUGCAAUAGUGAUGGCCAGCAGGAAAUUGAAGCCAUACUUUCAGUCCAACCCGAUCAUUGUCCGGACUGAUCAACCUUUAAAAAAGAUUCUUGAGGGGAAAAACAAGUCGAGCCGUGUCACAGAUUGGGCAAACCAGCUAGCAGAUUUCGGCAUCGAGUACGAGCCUCGAACGGCAAUUAAAGCACAGGCCUUGGCUGACUUUAUUGCUGAAAGCACUUCCUCCCCUCCUGCUGAACUUAAUCGAGAAUGGAAAUUGUAUGUAGACGGGUCUUCAACACAAUCGGCGAAUGGGGCCGGGCUCCUCAUUGUGUCUUCCGCCGGGGUCCGCAUGGAAAGGGCGGUCAGAUUUGAGUUCGCGGCAUCCAACAAUGAGGCCGAGUAUGAAGCAUUACUGAUGGGGCUGAAAAUCUGCUGUGAGGCAGGGGCUAAAGAAUUGGCCGCAUUCUCGGACUCCCAAUUAAUAGUGGGGCAAGUAAACGGGGAAUUCGAGGCUAAAGAUGAUAGCAUGAAAAUGUAUCUGCAGCAAGUGAAGGACUUUGUUCCAAAGUUUGAUAAGUUCACGUUGGAGCACAUUCCACGAUCCCAAAAUGCCCAAGCCGAUUCCCUAGCAAAACUUGCCAGCUCUGCAGAUACUUCCGCGGCUCGUGAUAUAAUUUGGGAAGUGCUCCCCAACCCCAGCAUCAACUUCAUGAUCAACACCAUCGACAGAUCUGAAACAUGGAUGGAGCCAUACGUUAAGUACUUGCAAGAUCAAACGCUCCCCCAGGACGAGAAUCAGGCCAAAAUGCUCCAGAAGAAGGCCAAAUGGUUCGAACUUCAUGAAGGAACGCUUUAUAAAAAGUCAUACACACAUCCCCUCCUGAAAUGUGUUGCUCCUGAAGAAGGAAACUAUAUCCUACGCGAAAUACACGAAGGCGGAUGCGGAAUACACCAGGGAGUGCGAACGGUCAUUAGCAAAGUCCUUAGAAGUGGUUAUUAUUGGCCUUCACUCCGGAAAGACGCGGAAGAGUUGAUCCUACGGUGUCCUGAAUGUCAGUAUCACUCAAAGAUAGGGAGGAAACCCUCUAAUUACUUGACCGUCUUGCAAGCCGUCCUGCCAUUCGACAAGUGGGGUAUGGAUCUCCUUGGCCCUUUUCCACCAGCAAAGGGGCAGCGCAAGUUCAUCAUUGUGGCUAUUGAUUACUUCACUAAGUACGUAGAAGCAGAGGCUCUUAGUUCGAUCACAGACAAGCAAGUCUGUCAAUUUUUAUGGCGGAACAUCAUCACAAGAUACGGCAUACCGAGGGUGAUCAUUACGGAUAAUGGAAGGCAAUUUGUCAGCAAGAACACCAUCGAGUAUUGCGACAAAUUCUACAUCCAAAUCAGAUUUAGUUCUGUGUCCAGACCGCAAACUAACGGUCAAGUCGAGUCCGCCAACAAGGAGAUACUAAAUGGUAUCAAAAAGAAGAUAGAAGGGGUCAAGGAGACCAGAGGAAAUGCACUACUGAGAUCGGUGGCCCAAAAGCAGAAGAUGAUUUGUAGCUUCAACCGCCAUGUGAAAACAAGACGUAUCCAAGUCAAUGAUCUCGUCCUCCGAAAAGUCGAAGCUACUGGGAAGAUUGUUGAAAAAGGAAAGUUAAGGUCAACUGGGAUGGACCUUUCAAAGUCACCCGCAUCAUCAAACCAGGAACGUUCGAACUAG